AUGGAGCAGCGGAAAAAGAUGCGGUCUCUGGCGCCUGAUGAUAACGCGGAUGCAUCCGAUUCCUCUGCUGGGCAAGGGAAUGGGUUUGCUUCGGACCCUAUCAACAUAUCGUCUAUAGAGAACGCAUGUGUGUAUCUCGAGAGUGCCUACCGGAGAUCAUCCGGUCAAGCCGGGCUACCCCAUUACUUGGGCUACCUGCGGACAUCUCAGAGCUGUCGGCACAUCUUCUACAUAUCUCCUAGUAUUGACUCAUCAGCUCAAGACACGCUUCCCCACUUCAUCGACUACCAAGGCCCCACGCUCCAAGACCUUUUGAUGACAUCGAAAGCCGAAGACUUGACGAGAUCGCACCAGAUGAGGUUUGCUCUCAAGGCCGUCCUGGCGGUAUUGAAAUUCCAUUCGACCCCGUGGCUCAGUGAUUCAUGGAAGACGUCUGAUCUCUUGCUCUCCUCGCCUUCGCCGUCAGCACCACGGCACAGCAGUUUUCUAUUACGCUCUCGCUUGCUCCCGCCCGCCGCCAUCAGGAGCGACAGUACCACAGGCAAGAGCGUCACUGCUACGCAGCAGGAAGAAGACACGGUCAUGGUAGCCGGCGUGGCGGAAUACGUGACGCCGGAGGACCGCUACGGCGUGUACAACAAGGUCUUGUGGAGCCUCGGAGCGGCACUUCUGGAGAUCGGGCACUGGGAGACGUUCGACCGUCUGCGGGGCGGCACUGGCGGUGAUAACAACGACGAGUUCAACGACAUCCUCACGGCACGGCGGCUGUCGAAGCGGAAGACGAUGCUGGGCGGCAAGUACGACGAGAUAGUCCGUAAGUGUCUGCGGUGCGAUUUUGGGCAGGGCGACGAUCUCGGUAGGCGCGAGCUCGAGGAGGCCGUCUACGGCAACAUCGUCUGUCCGCUCCAGGACUCGAUCGACAAGAUGGAAGAACUGUGCAUAUAA